GACGGGAGGGAGGAGGAGGAGGGGAAAGGUGUUGGUGAAUGGGCCGGUUUGGCAGGCCGGGAGGAUCAUAAAUCGGUGUGUAAUUUUGACAAGCAGCAUUCCACAUGGUUUGACACGCGGGGCUCUUGGCUUGGCUUGGGAGGGAGGGGCUUAGCCAGCGCACACGGGGACUGGAUCGCUCUGCCUCCUGGCCUCCAGCUCGGUGCCGCACGCCGUGAGGCGGCCAAGGUGCUCAGCCAGUGUGUGUGCGCGUGUAGAUGCCCCCGCGCUCUCUCUGGCUCAAUCUCUCGCGCCGAGAGCUCGUCUGCGACUCGCCGUGUCAUAGUCAGCGCUCAACUCACUUUCCCUGGCUCUUCACCUUGUUUUCACCCUCCCCCAAACCUCCCACACGCACCCACCCCUCCCUGCCACCCCACACCCCUUUCUGCUCGGAGGCUGAGCGAUUGUUGUGUGAGCGACGCUCGGAGUUGGAAGGAGGGGGUAAUAGGGGAGGCGGAGUUCACCCCUUUCCCCUCACUUAGCCGUGGUAGACGGAUCGACGAAAAGUGAAGGAAGUCGCCGAGGACCGGGAUUUAAACCAUCUUCAGGAUUUACUACAGACGGUGGGGACUGUUUCAGAGCAGGGGGGUGAGAGACAAGAGAGUGAGCCAAGCUUUCAAACCAUACUUGCUUUGCGUCGCAGACUGCCAGGAAAAACGCCAGACGACUUGUGUGCCCGAGUCUUGUGUCGGUCGGUCGGUGGGUUGCUUCGUUGGUGACUUGUGUGUAUUCUUGAGGGAAUGGUGAAGGGCUGGACGAAGAAGCAAGAACUGACGUUUCGUUCAGGGGACCCUGCCUGCAGAACGACCGGCGAGUCAAGUGUGCCACCACACCUCAACGGUCAGGCGAUGGACAUGGAGACGAGACCCGAGAUUCCAGUGUUGUGGCGCAGCAGCAUCGCUACAAGUUUGCCGGAACUUCCAUAGCUACCCAGCAUGCAAGGCAUCCACCCCUAACCUCCAGGUCUUCAGUUCUCCCUCAUCCCCAUACACUUGCUACCCCCCCCCCUCAACUCUCGUCCCUCUAAAUACUCACCCCGCGCGCACACCCAGUGCGGUCCCGAGUCAGCUGUUGGCCGCACGCGCGCAAAACACGCACACCCUUCCCCUUCUCCUCCUCCCCCCACCCCUGUACGUUGUCCGGCCAGCCCGGCCAGCGAGUGUCUGCCUUACGUAAAGAGGUCGCCCGCGCGCGAGGGAGGGGUGGACUAUUUGCCGACGCGCAAAAGGGGGCUCAGUCAAGCACGACCGCCCCGAUGUAGACGGUGAAUGGCUGAAAUAUGUUUUUAUUUGGAUGGGAAUACAUUACUGGCCGGCCAGCGUCCGCUCGCGAUCAUCACUUGCCCGCGCGCUGUUUCACUGACAGGACAACACCACGAGAGAGAGAAAGGACUUACAGGGCCAGCGCUUUACUCUUCGUCGCCAUCUCUCUCGUGCGCGCGCCACUCGCAUUUGUGUAGUCUGUGUGUCCGUGUGUGCCGGCCGGCCAAUCAAAAGCCUUGUAACAAUUUGAUUAUGAUAAUCUCCUGGGCGCAUAAUUGAUAUUCAUAAUUUAGACAUGCGCACGAGGCCUGGGCGUCUAUAAUCACCACAAUAUUGCUAGCCCUCGGCUCCUGUCACUCGAGGGGGCCAGAGUUCAGCGCAAUGUCGCGGCGAAAACAGUCGCAUCCCCGUCACUUGGAAAACGAUGGUGAUACGGGACUCCUACCUGACAGCGGACUCGAUGCCUCGUUUAAACAAGAUGACGAACUCGCAGAAAGAGACGACACAGAUUUUAUUAGGUCCAGCGCGUGCAGUAGGUGUCACGUGGACUUCUUGGACCCAGCAGACCUACUGGCCCACGAAAAGAUCUGUAACGGUCGCCGCUUGGUCCCGGCGUUCGCCGACCUGGAGCCGCCGCCUGUAGGCUUAUCGUCCGAUCCAGUGGUGUUUGCCAAACCAGCACCAGGGACGGAAGUCGAGGAUGACGAAGAGGAGGAGGUUGAGGAAGAAGGCAUGUUGCAAGAGGAGCUGCUAGGGGAGAUGCAAGGCGAGGUAGAGGACGAAGAGGAGGUGGAAGAUGAUGACGAUGAUAUCGACUCGACCCUGCAGUCCGAGGAUGACUAUCUGCAGGGUUCGCUGUCCCUGGCUGGCGGUGGGAAAGACUGUGAGGAUGGCGACAACUUCUUUUACGGCUCUGCCGCGGAGCCGGCAACAGGCACUCCCACCGCUACAACCACCAUCACCACCACCGCUACCAAGGGCGAGGAUGGCAAAAAGAAAGCCAGUGGCGUGGGCAGCAACCACGGUGAUGACAGCAGCGCCCACAUCCUUUCCCCGUAUUCCACCAUGACCGCCUCUGCUGCAGCUGCGAUUGCGUCCGGAAUCUUCCCCACAUCCAACGUGACUCUGGAGCCGAUGGCGGCCACUAAAGCGGCCGUGGCCCAGUUUGCCGAGAACAACGCCUUCCCAAUGACACUGCUUUGCUCAAGAGCAUGCUGAUGGAUCUCCAGAAGACGCAGAUGAUUCAGUGGCAGGUGAUCCACCAGCUUCAGAGCGCCCUCGCCAGCAAGCUUACCGCUAGUGCAGGAGGCGGGGGGUCGGCUCCCGACGUAGGACCCAGCACCCCACUUCCGGGCCCCCUGGGUUUACCCCCGCAUCUCGCGCAUUUGAUGCUUCCUCCUCAGAUGUCACAUCUGGGCCUGGCUGCCGGGCACCAUCCUCUGUCCCAGCAGGGGCUCGCCAGCUACCUGUCUUCCCAAGCAGAUAAACUGAAGGAAGUAAAUAAAAGACCCACAGAGAUCGACCACAACGACGACGAUGACGAUGAAGACAACAAGAAGAAGAUCAAACAAGAUGACACGUGCGAUGAUGAGCACAGAGAAGAAAGUCGAGAAGGGUCUUCGGCCUCUAGUAAGGCUCCCGAAGCGACGAAAACAUCCACACCUUCAUCGGCUCCUCCCUCCACGACCUCCAUGCCCAUACUACCGCCCUCUGCAAUCACCACCAUCGCCAACCUCUCAAACAGUAUUGGUAGUAUUGGUGGGAAUGGUGCUGCUACAUCAGGUGCUGGCACCUCCAGUGGUGCUCCUGCCGUCAGCAUCAAGAGGGAGAACCUCGGUUCCGCAACCUACGGCUCAGCGUCACUGUCGGCCCUCCAGCGAGAAACCGAUGCCCUGAAGGCCUCCAUUCUGCCCGGCAUUCACAUGCCAAUGACCCCAGAAGAAUACAGAGGCUAUUGCCAGAGAGGGACAGUUCUGGAACGGUCCCAGUACGCCUGCGAUGACCCGUUCUUUAAGCACAAAUGCCGCUUUUGCCAUAAGGUGUUUGGCAGUGAUAGUGCUCUGCAAAUACACGUGCGAUCACACACUGGUGAGCGCCCCUUCAAAUGCAACAUAUGCGGCAACCGGUUUUCAACCAAAGGAAACCUGAAAGUUCACUUUGAACGACACAAAGCCAAGUAUCCUCACGUCAAAAUGAACCCGAAUCCGGUACCCGAACACCUGGAUCGUUUGCCUCUCCCUCCCGUUGUUCCGCCACCUAUAAAUACCAGCACACCCAUUCCUCCAUCUCUGCCUCUACCCCCGGGUAUAUUGCACCAUACAGAGCCUCAUCAUCCGACUCUACCUCCAAGGCUGAUGUUCCCCGGCGGCGGUCCUGGCGGGCUAUUUCCUUCGGGCCUAGGUCCAAGCUUCAUGUCUCCACCUCUGCCUCGUCUUCCUGGUCCGCAUUUCCCUCCACGUACAAUAAGCAGCCUCGUGUCCCCGCAGCCCAAAAUGGAGCCACUGCUACCUAGUCCCAAACACAGUCCGAGAGAUACACCCACUUCUGUGCCACACCUGGACCCAAACCGAGCUCCAUCGAGAUCUGAAAGUGAGACUGUCGCGCCACGUUCCGGACCCACUCCUGAUGGUCACAAGUCCGCUGGCAGCAUCGCCAGCAACAGCAGUAGCAGUAGUGGUAGUAGACCCCCUAGUUCUCCGCCAAUGCCAUCAAUACCUCCCUUAUCGUCAUUUUCUGGCCAGGCCUGCUCCACCCAGAGCAUUGUUAGCUCCUCCGUCAGUCCCCUCACAACGGUUUGCUCUUCCAUGUCUUCAGCCAACCCUUUACCUCCUCUAAUACCCAGCCACUCCUCGCUGUCUGGCCACCUGCCGGUAUCACAGCCCCUUAUGCUCCCUCAUCCAGCGCAGAGUUUCACUAGUCACAGUCUGCCCAUGACUCCGACCUCAUUUCCACUGCCUUCCCCUCUCAGCUCUAGUCUUCCCAUGAUGCGCAGUCCAGCAGCUCCCUUUGUUCCUCCUCCACCCCUUCCUGGUGCCCCAGUCGACGGGCUUUUUCGUAAUUCCAUCAUACCCAGCAAGACCAUCGACCCGUCGGAGAACCUCGAGCAGUACAUGGAAAUUCAGAAAUCGGAGACAUCCAAACUGGAAGCUCUAGUCAAGAACAUCGAGCAGAAGAUCACGGACCCCAAUCAGUGCGUCAUCUGUCACCGGGUUCUCAGCUGCAAAAGCGCACUUCAGAUGCACUACCGGAUCCACACAGGGGAGCGGCCUUACAGGUGCAAAAUAUGCGGGCGUUGUUUCACCACUAAAGGUAACUUGAAGACUCACAUGGGCGUCCACCGUGCCAAGCCUCCCGUCAGGAUGAUGCAUCACUGCUCCAUCUGCCGCAAGCAGUUCACCAACCUUCUUGUGCUGCAGCAGCACAUUCGCAUGCACACUGCAGCUGCCAUGCAAGGCAUGCCUCCGCACUUGUUUCCUCAGCUACCUUUUCCGCCAGGCUUGCCUCAGCACCACAAGGCCUUUGAGCCAUUUGAUCUCUCUCGACCCCACGAGCCCAAGGAGCUUGACCUCAGCAAAGGAAGUUCGGGCCAUUAUGGGAUGGGGGCUGAACGCCGAGAGCUCGGUGGCUACCAUGGUGACGGACAGGAUGGAAGUUUGCGGGACAGUGAGGAUGAGAAUAUGGACGAGGAGUUGAGAAAGGAACUAGACGACAACAUGGAAGAUGACAGCAUGGAUGGCAUGGAUGACCACGACGGCGACGGCUACGGCACGGCGGACGAGCACCCUGGUGGUGUGGAUCCAACCUCCCACCACGGCGGCCACUCUACUUACAGUGAGAAUGGCGACUCCGAUCGCCCCGAUUCCAACAUGUCUGCGCCUUACAACUUCGACUCGCUGCCCCCCAAUCAGCCCAUACCUCCAACCUCCGAUGGCAUGGACAGCUUCAUGCCUUCGUCUUACCCUCACCCCAAGUACAACACAUCUCUCGCUGCCCUUGAGGAGCGGGUCAAGGCCAUCGACAGCCACUCGGCGCAGACGUCCUUUGAAAGGUUCCGCAACAGCAUGGGCUUAGGUUCCAGUCCUUUCUUUUUGGACAAAUCCUUAUCCCCAGGAUCCCUUGGACACAACACCGGCGGAGGAGAGAAAUCACCUAUCUCCCCACGCAGUCAAGGCCCAUCAGAAACUGGCUCCGACCUGAGCAGAGACGAUUCUAAGUCUUCGGUGGCCGACUAUGGCCUGAACCCACUGGGCUUCUCUAUGUUUGGAGGGUUGGACGCUGGCAGGAUGGGGAAUAGUAAACUCAGCACGACCUGCAACAUUUGCUACAAAACAUUUGCAUGUCGCAGUGCUCUUGACAUCCACUACCGCAGCCACACUAAAGAAAGGCCGUUCAAAUGUGAUGCUUGCGAUCGCGCCUUCUCCACCAGAGGGAACCUGAAGCAACACACUCUGACUCACAAAAUUCGGGACUUCCCAGACUCCAAAAUGACCGACGACGGUGACAGCUCGCACAGCAACAACGCCAUGGCGGACGAAAAUUAUGACAAAGAGUGUAGAGAUGAAGAAUCGCAAAAUGUAGAGGAUCGACACUCGCCAGCCGAGCCCCUUGUCAACGGCAACACACUGGCAGAGGCACCAACAGAUUCCAACAUCAAGGCAUCACCACCGUCUUCUGCGUCCAACUCACCCUCCGCCUCCUCCCAGCAACGCGUGCCUCAGUGUUCAUCAGAUGCCGACUCGCAGCUAAAGAACCCGCCAUACCCUAGCACCAGCAGCAACAACAACAACAGCAUCAUCGCCAACAAGAACAGCGUUCCCCAAGGCAGAGAUAACGAGGCCAGCGUUGUGGUGAAAAAUGAACACCACUCCUCAUCCUCGUCCUCGCCAUCGUCGGGUGGGGGAGAGUCUGGGGUGAAGCGGCACAAGCACCAAUGUAUGACAUGCAAUAAGGUGUUCUCCAGCGCCAGCGCCUUGCAGAUCCACACCAGGACUCACACCGGCGAUAAACCUUUCAAGUGCACCGUCUGUGGAAAGGCGUUCACGACGCGAGGUAACCUCAAGGUUCACAUGGGUACCCACAUGUGGAACAACUCUCCAUCCCGCAGAGGACGCCGCAUGUCCAUAGACCCGCCAUUCCUGCUGGGACACAUGAGGGAACACCCAUAUUUGCCAUCGGGGGCAUUUCCACCUGCCCCACGUCCGCCGCCACCUGACAUGUUCUUCCAGUACCCACCCAGCUUCAUGAACGGCCUCUCGCCAAAGCUCAAUGAGAUUCCAGUCAUUCAAAGCGUCAACGGAGGACUAGGUCACCACCUACCGCCCGUAUACCCGAUGCCGCAUCAUUACCCACCCAGCAGCAAGGAUGAUCAUCAUCUCAAGCACCCAGUAGACCUCCUCCUAGGCCGCAGUAGUGGCGAUAUCCGAGAGCGAGGCGACGAGAGAGGGCGUGAGCAUCUCUCUUCCCUACAUGCCCGCUCGCCGCAUUCUGCUCCUUCCCCUCUGAACCAACGGAUGUCUGUUGAUGUUUCCCAGGCAGGCAGCCUCACGGCAUCUGGAGAGCUCGACCUCAGCAUGAAAACCGUGCAGCCGCAGCAGCAGCAGCAGCAGCUAUCAGCAUUUGGCAAGACCGUCAGUCCUUCACGGCCAUCACCUGGCUCCCACCCUGCUUCCCCUGCCACGAUCUCCUCUCCCUUGCUGGUGACCAACGGCGGCAGUGACAGCAGCAGCGGGAUGUCCCCGCUACACAACAAGGAAAGUGGUGGUGGACACGAGCUCCGGCGCCCCUCCGCGUCGCCUCCCUCGCCGUGGCUGUGGAACGCCGCCAGCUGCCAUCACUGCGGACAGACCUUCCAGACGACCGCGGCCCUUGAGCAGCACAUCCAGACCAAGCAUCUUCAGAACGAGGCUCAUUCCGCCCAGAAAGCCGUGGCCGUAUAACAACAGACUGCCUCCGAAACAGAACUGUGUUGUUGGAAAAACGGACCAUCUUACUACUACCGCCGAACUUAAUGGACGGCUGGGUGUUUCACGCUUAGAAAAAGUUCGACCCCUUCCGGACUUGUUCUACCAAUAUUAAAAUAUCCCACCUGGAGACUUGAAAGGGUGUUGUCUGAGACUCAGAUGGCGCUGCCAUUAGCAGCGCUAUUUUUACAAAUUACCAAAGGAGCUGUGUUGUCAAGAUGGUGUGAGAAAUUAAAAAAGAAUCAAAAGUUGUGACUUCCCAGAACAGUAUGAGUCCUUUAUUAACUAUUCUCUGGCUUGUUCUAGACAGAAUUAGUCGCUGCAUUCUGUUUAUUUUUAGAGCAUGCUGCUCCACAGACAUUCAAAACAAUUUUUUUUUAAACUCGGGAUUUUUGUCUCGUAAGCGACAUCAUGACCUCUCAUUUGCUGGAUUACGCUAUGUGCCACUAACUGUUUGUGUUAAUUUUAAAACUCAUUUUUUUUGUAAUGAAAUAGUUUCUUUCAUGCGAUGACAGUUUGUUAUCUGGACAAAAACAAACAAAAUCUUGUGACUAUAUAACUACUCGUGUGACCUCUAGUAGUGUGGAAGCAAAAGGGUGACUAUUCUCCCGCCUCCCUGUCAAGGAGCUGACAUGAGAAAAGCAGUCCUUGUGCGUCCUUCGUAACGGAAGUCUGUCUAAACAGCAACAGGCAUCAGUCAGGUGGCAUUUAGAAUAGUCAUCUCCAUAUCGUGAUAUGACGAGCACAAAAAAAAAAUAAAUAAAAAAAAUUGGUACGCCAACGCUUCUUAACAGAUUUGUUGACGUCACGGUUGUACGGUCGCUCCCUUUUGCGCCGUACAGUUUUGUCACGUGCACUGUAUAUUUAUGUCUGUAGGUAGACACAUUCCGUGUUCACAGUUCGUUUCCGCUGCUGAAGACACAAACUUCUUGAGAGACAGCACUACACUAGACGUCCAGCAGCUGCCGUGGUCCCGGGGUCAUGCAUGCCGUCGCGGGGGUUUGGCUUUGUCACGUGCAAGAUGUUGUGUGCUGUUCGUCGUUCUUGUCGUCAUUGCUCUUAUCUGCGAUUUUAGUGGAGUGUAUAUGUUGACCAGACACGCAUAGCCACUUUGGAAUGACCAACAUUGCUGGAUCUUGCUGUUUAAAGAACGCACGAACUUGCGAUUCUACGUUCCCUUUUUUAACUUUUUUUUUUUAACAAACAAAUUUUCUCGAGCGAUCGAGACAUACUGCUAUCUCAAAUACCUCGUAGCUAACUAAUCAGUAAAGUUUCAAUUUUUCUAUGUUGGAUUUAACCCCCACCCUACCACCGCAGUAGACAAUUAACGAAUAGACAUUUUUAGUUUCGUAGAAACAUUUUAUGGAAUUGUCAGCGGUUGUCAUGUUUACAUGUUAACUAGCCUCUCCGUGCAAACAUUCGAACAUAAAAUGUUGCAUUAAACGUGAUCACUUGCACUGAAUAUGUGGAUCAGGUACAUGAAAGCUGUUCAAACAGUCUUCGCUCCGAGCACAGUUUGCCGUGUCUUCAGGCUCCAUUAACUGUUAGCAAGCACGUGGGCUCCUGUGCCCUGCCCUGGGUGGUCGAGUUACAACAAACCUGCCCACCCUGCUGUGGAACUAGCAAUAUGCAAGAAUCACUCGCAAGAACGAAAUUCUAUACAAAUUACCAUAACCCCAUUCACUUCCACCCACUCCCUCCACGCAUCACUUUGUGUACUUACUCCUGUUGUUUAUAAAUUGUCAACUCGCAACUUCAGUUUUAUUUUAAUGUUCAGCUUGUUCUGUGUAAUUUUAGUUUGAAGUUUCCCUUUUCUCCCUUUCAGGGAAGGAACACUGUCCAAAUGCAGUGUACAGUACUAUGUACAGUUUUUUUAAAAGUCCCACCUCGUGCAACUUCCUAAUAAAUUCAUGAAGAGAGUAAGUGCACUAUACUGACCUGUGAUUAUUGAUAGACUAGCAUCGUGUGUCUGCAAGUGCUGUGGAUGAUGUUUUUGUGUAAACUGUUUGCAAAUGAAUGAUAUUCUUGACAUUACGCUGUUUAGAGAAUGUUGUACUAACAAUCAUGUAAAUAGCUUUUUUUGAAAGCAGUGGUUGUCUCUAGUCGUACGAAAUAAAACCGGCGCAGAAAAAAAUCAAAAUACUCUUUCUCUGUAAGUGAGAAGAUAGAAAACACUAGUUCCAGAUACUCGCUUUUUAUUUUUCUUUCAUCUUUUACAAAUUUUGGUGACGUGUGUGCCAUGUGUCACAAUCUUUAUUUCUGGUUAGUUAAUGUGUUUCAUGUAAGUUAGUUCCAGUCCAUAAUCUUUAUGAUAGAAAUAUUUUUGACAUCUCCAUUCUCACCUGCAUUCUAAGAAGGGCUGGAGGAACAUUUUCAAACAACCAGUCCGUGAGUGUUACAGGCGGUCGUCGUGUCCUCUGAUUUCCCAAAACCUGUUGUAAGUUCACUUCUCGUCAAAUUGUUUUUGCAGUCAAUAUAAGUGUUGGACCUUGCACAGUAUUUUGUCACUUCAAACUACUUUCUUGGCAUGUAGAAGUUUCACUUUCUGCGUUGGUUAUUUUUUUUAACAUAUUUUCCUCUCUCUCCCUCUAUGUUCUCGGUCAGUUUUGUGACAUUUAUUUUGUUAACAUAUUGAAAUUUUCAUAACCCAUUCUUGUUGCUAUGAUUCUGUCUGAUUCUACUCCAGUUACACGUCCUGAGUUUGGGUUUAGUUUUUGGAGUGGGUAAAACAAAUGUUUGAGUCAAGUAACACAGCGGAGACUGCCUUUUUGUCCGAGCUGUAACGAGGACGAUGAAAAUGUAAUGAUAGUAACCGAGACCUAAAGUGACUACAUACAGAACUGAAAGGGAGCAAAUGCCAAGUUUCAACGCAUUCUUUGCUAAGCAGCCUAUUACAUCUACGGUUGGAAAACGGCGCCUCUUGAGGUUUGCAUCGAUCCUCUCCUGAACCUUGUUUUCGUAGCUUCUGCUUAUCCAUCGAGAGCAGCAAGUGAACACGCAACCUUUUAUUUUCUGUAGUAAUUGUACUCAUCGAAAACAAAGCUUACUUUUAGCUUAUUUAUUACAUCUGAAAAUUUACGGCACAAUGUUCAGUUCAGAUCCUGUUACUUGUAGUCCGUGUGUUGAAGAACUCGCUUUAACAUUCUUAUCUACCCCCACAAUUACAAAGUUCGCGAGGACAUUCAUACCAUGGCACUGUCAGUGACCAUUAAUAUGUUGAUCGUUGAUACAACUCCAAACAGGAGAUGAGCUUAGUACUUAGCUCAUAAACAAAACAAUGACCCACUCCCCAAACCGCACAAGGAAGAAAGAUUAAUCUCACAAGCUAUCAUAGAAUCUGAGCCAUCGCACUCCACACAACAUCCAGUGUCGCUUGAGGUCCAUCUCGUCACACUGAUCACUCCACUGACUCUGGGUAGGACGAUGGUGUGGGACGGUAUGUUCACACUCCCAUCUUUUCCCCUCCCCCACAAAGACCAUUGCAGAGUAGCCUGACCCCUAACACUCUCAAAUGUGACAAAACGGCGACCACGUGGUCACAAGAGUACCCAGGCUGGGGGUAAGACUGGUAAAGACCGGCGCAUGGCGUAUGAUCGACAAGACGGUGGUGAGACCAGUGGAGAACUAAGUUGUGUCUUACCACGGAAGUUGCUCGUGUCUUAAUCCAAACCACUCCCCGACAUAUAAAUCUUUACUACUUUCAUGGGAAAUAUUUAUUGGUGGUGGUGGUGGAAUAGAGGGUUGGGGAUAUGAAAGAGAAUGAAAUCCAGAUGAUACGUCUUUGGCAUUCUGAGGCACCAACGUGGACUUUAAUAUCCUAGCAAUGUCGACAUAAUAUUCUGUGAUGACAUUGUAAUUGCUGAUUAUUUUAUAUCUAGUAUUUUCUAAAGGCAGUUAUUAUCCUCUUCAUCAUCAUUGACGCUCAGACCACACAACUGCGCAUCAUGCCAAAUUCUGUCUCAACCGCUACAUUAAUUUCCAGAAGUAUUGUCACAUUACUGAGAUUUUUAUGUUAGGCCCUCACCAUCUCGCUAAAUAAGAACUGAUUAUGAAAACAAGCAUGUUCUUGUCCAUCUCCUGACGAUUGUUGGCAUAAUUUUAUGAAAGUUUUUCGAUGAGGACAGGUCACAAAAGGUCUGCUGUUCAACCCCCCUCACCUGAGAUGCAGAAAAGAUGAUGUCAAAAAUCAUGCUAGAAACCGAUCACAAGAACGACAGGACAAUCCUACAAUAUCCUUUAUACUCCAUAUUCUUCCCCUCCAUUUUUAGAUGCACCUUUACCCUCUUCAUCUACGACAAACACUUCUUGUCCUCGUUCUGCUGGCGUUCGGUCCUGUCCAACCCAGUCUCACGAAAUGUAGGCGUGAACCACCCUGUAAUUGUUGUACAUAUGCCAUUGUGACUCCUGCUUAUUCCACCCGUGAAAGUACUUUAAUAAAAGCACCCGCGCAGAGACAGUCUUCGCUUUUGUUCGGUAACUUUCUGGACCUCACAUUCGUCUCACACCCAGAUUUGUUUUCACAAUUAUCUACGAUUCGUCUCCUACGAGUGGAAAACCGUUUAACACGUAGACCAUGUCUAGACUUGUGUAUCAGCUCCAACAUUCACCUUUCAUUUUUAUUUUGAAUUGACACUGUUUUCAAGGCUAAAGGUAUGAAGAAGACUAAAAGGGACUGCUUUAGUAUAGGAACAGGGUCGUUGACGAAAUGGGAGGAGGGGGGCAUGUUGAAAAUAGCCUUUAUAUUUUGUCAUAUGAAAUUAAACACACUGUUCAAGAA